AUUGUGGUGUUUUUUGGCACUCUGGCCAAAAAACGUUGCCUACCCCUAGUCUAUUCUUUGAUCUUUUCUUUGGUACUUUUUUUUUUUUGCUCUACCACCUGCUUCCUUUUAUCCUGUCUUUCUGGAAAAUCAGCAACUGUGCAGUACUGCUUCAUGGAACCAGGUUCAGAUUGAGAUAGACAAGUGAUCACAAAAGCCAUUUCCAUGUGUAAAAACACCCAUCUGCAUCAAAGUGUGUCACUACUGUAUGGUGAUAGCUGCUGCUCUUCAGUCUGUUGAUCAGAACUUGGGGUAGGGUGCCAUGUAGUUGGAGGCCAGGAAUGUGUGGCAAAUCUGUAUUGAACCUAUUUAGAUGGAAACAUUGUUAAUCUUAAUUUGUCUCUUACUUACUGGAACUAAGGUCUCAGCCUUCUGCAUUUCAUCCAGCGGUGGUUUAUAUUUGGUACUUUCAUUCUGUCAAAAGAGCAGGAAACCACAAAACAGUAUAGAGAAUUUAAGGCCAUAUGCUUUUAUUUAAUUGUGUUCCUUAGAAUUCUUUGUGUUCAUUGUGGGUAGGGCGGUUCUAGAUUUUCAAACACCAAAUUAUUGCUGAUUCAUUGCCUCCACCUCCCAAAUUGAGAUCUGCUUUAGCAUCUUACAUUUUUAAAAUUUCUGGUUAUUAUGUCAACUGGCAAUUUAAACGUUUUCCAAAAAAUGUGUCCCAAAGAUUUUCACGUUCCUGUCCAGCUCUAAAUUAUUUAAUGAAAUCCAAGUCUCUUCUCUCCUCCCGUAAAACAAUCCCAAGCAAAACAGCUAUUUCGGAGCUGGCUUAUUGUAGGUACGUUGCUUAUCCCAAAGGAGAAGCUAAAUGCCACAUCCGUGCACCAGUGUGUAUCGUUUGUAGUUACUGGUGUAAGAGGCACUACCAUGAAGAGAGGAUUUGGGGGGUGGAAUAUUUUUAUUGUUUUCCUAUACAAUGGGCAACUCAAUCCUCUGGCUCAUGGUGGACAUGUCUCGUCAGAUGCCUGAUGAAUCCGUUUGUGGCUGACAGGCCCCAUUUGAGAGCAACACGGUGGUAGUAUACAUGAAGACUGAUAAAGCAUGAUGUGAUCUUCAUGGUGUGCUGGUGGGGAUCUGAGUUUUAAUCCACCCCAAUGGAUGCAGACAGUGAUGUUGCACUGGACAUUUUAAUCACAAAUGUAGUGUGUGUUUUUAGAACAAGAUGCCAUUUAAACUUGAGGAAGAUUGCAUUAGAGGGUGCAAAUGUGAUAUACAAGCGUGAUGUUGGGAAAGUAUUAAUGAAACUUAGGAAACCUAGGAUUACAGCCACAAUUUGGUCCUCAGGAAAAGUUAUUUGCACAGGAGCCACCAGUGAAGAAGAAGCUAAAUUUGGUGCCAGACGAUUAGCCCGUAGUCUACAGAAACUAGGUUUUCAGGUAAUUUUCACAGAUUUUAAAGUUGUCAAUGUUCUAGCCGUGUGCAACAUGCCCUUUGAAAUCCGAUUGCCAGAAUUUACGAAGAACAAUAGACCUCAUGCUAGUUAUGAACCAGAACUUCAUCCUGCAGUGUGUUACAGAAUAAAGACUCUCAGAGCUACUUUACAAAUUUUUUCAACAGGCAGUAUCACAGUAACAGGGCCAAAUGUAAAGGCUGUUGCCAGUGCUGUGGAACAGAUUUAUCCGUUCGUGUUUGAAAGCAGGAAAGAGAUUUUAUAAUUCACCACUUAAUGGUUAGGUUCCCUAACCAAGCACCUUUAAAGACUGCUGCACAUUGGACUAAAAGCAAAAAGGAAAACUGGACCAACAAUAGCUGAGGAAAUACAGACUCUUUCACUUGUUCAUGGCCACAGUGUAAACUCCAGCCCGUUUGGAUUUUAUUUUGAACAGUGCUGUAUUGUAAAAAUGAAAGUUUACAAGAUAUGAAAUUGCUGCUUUUUAAAAGACGCUCUAUUUAUUUUUGCAGUAAUUUCUGUGUCUUCAUAAGCAAAACUGUCACGAUGUGCACUACCUUUAAAACAUUUUUAGUUUGAGCUUGUGUUUUAUUUGUGAAUAGUCUUUUACAUUUUUGUAUGCUGAAUAUUGGGCACCAAAGAAGCUGUAAAAGUUAACUUUUUUCACUUGAUGAAUGUGCACAAAUAAAAGUUUGGAAAAUAUCUUUCUUCAUACCUGUUCUUUUACGUUCUUUUUCCUCUUUCGUAUUACAGUUAAAAUUGUAUAGUUGCUAAUUCAUUUGGAACAAAUGUAAGGAUAGCUUGUUGCUAAUAUUUUUGUUUCUUUUUGUACUAUAUGUGUAUAAUAAUAUGCAGUGGACUUGACUGGAAUAUCUGGUACUCGCGUACAUGUAUCUGAUGGCAGAAUUUGGUUCAUCCUUAAGUUUUUCUUAAUUAUAUUGCCAGAUUUUAAGAAUUGUUUCUUUCUGUCUUGCUGAAGAGAAGAUGCUUCUAAACCUUAUGGCCUGCAACAAUGAUUUUUUUUCUGCAGACAAUGGAAAACUUUAUGUACUUGAGAAGCUGUAAUAGAAAAAUCAACUCUUUUAUCCACGAGCUAUAUGGAAAAAAUGGAACUACGACAUGAGUUUCUUCCUGGUGACAAACCUUCAUUAUUCAGGAAAGACCAUAUUCUUGGAGCUGGAAUGAAGCAAUGUAGUGGCUGUACUGAUCUAAUCCCAGGCUACUUCUAAAGGCGUAACAAAGUCCUUUUCCAUAUUAUUUCUACGGGAUAAUUAUAUUUUCCUGAAAGCAACUGCCAGCAAGUAACAAAGUUUGUAUCUGGCGUGUGGUUUUAUUGAUAUUAAUCUUGGACUUACAAGGCAGUACUUAUUUUCUCUUCGAAUGUGCACAUAUGGAACAGUGGACAGGUGAAUACAUAAAGUAAAUGAAAAUGCUACUUUUAAAAAUGACAAUAAAUAUGUAUAACUAUA